ACUCCAUCCUUUCUUCCAGUCUUGCACAGGUGUAUUGGCUCCUUCCCUCAAUUCUUGCACAGGUGUACCGGCUCCUCCCCUUCAGUCUUGCACAGGUAUAUCGGCCCCUCCCCUUCAGUCUUGCACAGGUGUACUGGCUCCUCCCCUUCAGUCUUGCACAGGUGUACCGGCUCCUCCCCUUCAGUCUUGCACAGGUGUAUCGGCUCCUUCCCUCAAGUCUUGCACAUGUGUACCAGCUCCUCCCCUUCAGUCUUGCACAGGUGUACCAGCUCCUCCCCUUCAGUCUUGCACAGGUGUAUCGGCCCCUCCCCUUCAGUCUUGCACAGGUGUACUGGCUCCUCCCCUUCAGUCUCGCACAGGUGUAAAAGCUCCUCCCCUCCAGUCUCGCACGAGUGUACCAGCUCCUCCCCUUCAGUCUCGCACAGGUGUACCAGCUCCUCC